CCCCCGCCCCAGGGCUGCAAGCGGGCCGCCAAGAUGUCCUCGGCGCAGCAGACGUCCCGCAGACAAUGGUGCUACUUGUGCGACCUGCCCAAGAUGCCCUGGGCCAUGAUCUGGGACUUCAGCGAGGCCGUGUGCCGGGGCUGCGUCAACUUCGAGGGCGCCGACCGCAUCGAGUUCCUCAUCGAGACGGCCCGGCAGCUCAAGCGCAACCACGUCCUGCAAGAGGGCCGCUCGCCGGGGCCGCCGGGCGCCAAGCACGCCAAGGAGGGCGCCGCCGCCGCCGCCGCCGCCGCCGCGGCCCUGGAGCGCUACGAGCGCGCCCGCGCCUCCGGGGGCGACUACGCGCUGGGCCCGCGCUUGCCCAACGGGCUGGCGCGCGCCGACGAGGGCGAGGGCAGCCGGCAGAGCCCCACGGCCAGGCGGGCCCUGCUCGGGGCAGUGCCGCCCAGCCUGGUGCCCCAGGGGCUGAUGGGAGGCCCUCAGGGCCUGCUGGCUGCCGUGUCCGGCCUGGCCGGCCGCCCCACCGCCGCCUCACUGGCCAUGGCAUCGCCCAUGUUGGGCGAGCUGGCCAAGCCGGCGGCCCGGGCGGCCUACGGCGACUACGAGAAGGAGAAGCAGCGCAACGCCGAGUGCCUGGCCGAGCUGAACGAGGCCAUGCGCGGGCGGGCCGAGGAGUGGCACGGCAAGCCCAAGGCCGUGCGCGAGCAGCUGCUGGCCCUCUACGGCUGCGCCCCCUUCAACGUGCGCUUCAAGAAGGACCACGCGCUGGUCGGGAGGAUCUUCGCCUUCGACGCCGCGGCCCGGCCCGGCUACGAGUACGAACUGAAGCUCUUCACCGAAUACCCGUGCGGCUCCGGCAACGUCUACGCCGGCGUGUUGGGGGUGGCCAAGCAGAUGUUCCAAGAUUGCCUCAAGGACCCCGGCAAAGUCAUCUCGUCCGGUUACAAGUACCUGGAGUACGAGAAGCGACACGGCUCGGGCGACUGGCGCCUCCUGGGCGAGCUCUUCACCGAAGCGGUGCGCUUCUUCCGGGAGGCGCCGGCCCCAGACGCCCUCCCUCAGCAGUUCCUAGACAGCAAUUGUGCCAUGCCACCCAGUCUCCUGAGGGCCGUGCCGGCAUCCCGGGCUGUCAUGCGGAGACGCAAGGCCUCCCCGGAACCGGAGGGAGAGCUGACGGGCAAACUCACCGGCGAGGAACAUCAGCAACGGCAGCACUGGCUGCCCCAAGUAUCAGGCGGCAUCUACCCGUCAGGCCUGGCCCACUUGCCAACAUCAGCAGGCCAAGGGCCUUUGCCCGAGGGCUCCUUACGCAACGACCCCUCUCCCAUCACUGCUCUCAAGAAUGUGGCCGACACCCUGGGGAACAAGGAGGUCAACCCAGUCCACUCCACCACCGCCCGGCAAAACAGCGCCAGUCCAGCGUCGCCAGCUGCCUCGGGGCAGCACCGAUUGGUGCCGCGCAACGGUGAACCAGGCCAAGCGACCCCUGCCGCCUCCUCCUCUUCCUCUUCUUCUUCUUCAUCUGGGGCCCACUCUUCCGGGGGAGUGGAGCCCAGCGGCACGCAGAGCGCCCCUGAUUCCUCGGGCGGAGCCAGCAGCGCCCCGCUCUGCUGCACCAUCUGCCACGAGCGGCUGGAGGAUACCCACUUUGUCCAGUGCCCUUCGGUGCCCGGGCACAAGUUCUGUUUCCCUUGUUCCCGGGAUUUCAUUAAAGCCCAAGGAGCAGCUGGAGAGGUGUAUUGCCCCAGCGGGGAGAAAUGCCCCCUGGUGGGAUCCAACGUCCCCUGGGCCUUCAUGCAGGGUGAGAUCGCGACCAUCUUAGCCGGAGACGUGAAAGUAAAAAAGGAGCGCGACCCGUGAAAAGGGAGAGCGGCUGGGAUCCGGGACACCGUGCCAGGGGGGGCCACGAGCCCCCACCCCCACCCCUCUCUUGUCCACUGUGGCCGUGAUUGGAAUUAGUAACUUAUUCCCCACCCAACGCCCUCUUUAACCCACUGUGGACUGGGGUAUUGUAUAUAAAUCUAUUUUUUAAAUAAUAUUUCCAUAGCAAGCUUAUAUAUGAAGCCACAUCUACAUAACCUACUAUGGGGAGUCUGGGUGGGAAAGGGGGGUCUGGGCAAUCAUUAGUGCUACUCAGAAGGAGGGUGGGAGGGAAAUUCUUAAAAGGGGUCGAAGGAGAAUUCAGCAGGGUUUGAAGACCGUGUUUUUAGGGGAGAGUCUGACACCCACCACACACACACACUCACACGCUCACUCCUGAGCUAAACAUUCUCUCCCCUGGAACUCCUGCUGUUUCUCUUAUUCCCAAACCAAAACACCCUUGCCAUUCUAGCCCUGUUCCCACAAGCAGUUGUGGAUACCCAUUAAUCCUGGGUGCAGCCCCCUUUUAUCCUGCCCCUCCCCCCAUGAACUCGCCCAUUUCUGCAACUGUCUCUCCCCCCCCCUUUACCCUUCACAUGCACACCCCCUCCUUGGACAUUGUGUUUAUGGGGCAGUCCUAAAUCUGUGCAGCUUUAUAUAGAGUCCAGAGUUCUGUAACUAGCCAGCUUGGAUUCUGUUUUAUUCUGGGCAGGAUGGGGGAGGGAAAUACGUUG